CAGAUUUAGGCUCUGGUCCGAAAGGGCGUGGGUUCAAAUCCCACAGCUGUCAUUUUUCAUGUUUUCUUUGUAUUUAAAAACUUGAAAUCAUUUUGGAGGAGCUUAUUGUUUAGGCGACUUUUUGAAAAUUUAAAACAUCGUUUCGGUUAAAACUUUAGACAGAUUUUAGAAUCCGGGUUGUGUUAAAGCAACUAUAAUUGUUGAAAUGUGGUUGAUUUUUUUGUAGGGAGACAUUUGGUGAUGAUAACGUUGGUCUUCUCACCGGGACUCUGCCACUCAGAUUGUUAUCAUGACCGCUGAGAUUCUCUGCGACAUGUUGUAUCAAAGAUGUUUCUCGUUUAGGAGGGUGUAUUCAAUUGGUAGUUUUAGGUGAUUUGCAACAAAAACACAAAUUCACUUUUAUUUAAACAUGAAUUUUAAAAUUUUAUUUAAAAUUCAAUGUUAUUAAAAUUGACAUUUUAUAAAAUAUUCUCAUAUCCAAUGUUAUUAAAAAUAUUUUAAGUGGUUAAAUUUUAAAAUUUUUAAAUGAUCUUAGAGUGUUUGAGUCUGACUUUAACACCGGUUUUUGUGUGGAAAUCUUUAGUGUUUGGAAUGGAUCUUUAAGGAACUGAACUUUUUCAUCCAAACACACAAUUUAUAUGGGUAUUCAAUUUUAAAAUUAUCAAAUAUUCAAAAACUACUACUUACAAACCGGAUUACUCUUUUACAUUUUAUCUAAAAUAUUUAAAUUUAUCUGAGCUAUACGAUAUUUUAUCAAAAAAAAUCUAAACGUAUGAUUUUAAACCGAAAAACCAAAAGUCACAACCAAAGCCAAACCGAAAUAAAACUGAAAUCCAACCGAAUACCAAAUGUCCAUGCCUAAACAUAUUACUGAACAAACAAUCAGGUUAACAAAUUUAACAAACAAAAAUAACUAUAAGCACUGAUCGAAUCCUAGUUAUUUCAUCAAAGCAAUGUUGUUAAUUAUGAUCAAUUUUAAUUUCUUUUUCUUUUUUUUUUAGAAUUUUCUUAAUUUCGUAUAUCUUUAUUUAGUUAAGAUCUUAGAUUGGCAAGGAAUUCACAGCUCCUGGGCACAAUAUAAAGCAAUAAACGCAUGUGUUCAGAUUCAAACGUUAAGAAAAAAUAAAGGAAACCCACUAGAUGGCGAAAUAAUAUAAAAGAAAUAUAUAAUACACUUUAGAAAAUAGUGUUUUCAACCCUGGCGUGAGAGUUUUUAAUUCCGAAAAUUAUUAUAUUAACCACUAAUUGACCACUAUUAAAUGGCACAUGCCAUUGCAAAUAGCUCCGUCAAAAUGUGUCAACCUUUUCUUUUGAAAACGUGAUUUUGUAAAAUAAAAAAAUGGCUCUCGAAGCACAGAAAACUAUAUAAAAAUAGUACGAAACAGAGAAAACGAAAUGACGAUCUUAAAAAAAAAGAGAGCAAUCUUUAGACUUUCUCUAUUAAUAGGUAACCACUUUCGUCGUCUGAGUCUCACCACAAACCAUGAACUCUUCUUGCUUGUUCACUACCUUCAUCUUUGCCGCAGUUAUCUCUCUCGGUUGUUUACGUUCGACCGGAGCUGCCACGUGUCAUCCGGACGACGAGGCGGGUCUUUUAUCUUUCAAAGCGGGCAUAACCGAAGAUCCUCUGGGUAUCCUCAGCAGCUGGAAGAAAGGAACCGACUGCUGCUCAUGGUUCGGUGUCAUCUGCAUCACCGGUGACCGUGUCACCGAACUGAGAAUAUUAGGAUCUAGCGUUCUCGGCGUAGGGUUUCUCUCCGGAACUAUCUCACCGUCGCUGGCCAAACUCGAGCACCUCGAAACGCUCUCCUUCACCAAUCUUCUAAAUAUCACCGGACCUUUCCCCCAGUUCCUUUUCCGACUACCAAAGCUUAGGUACGUUACCAUCAGGGAUAACCGUCUCUCCGGGCCCCUUCCGGUUAAUAUCGGUUCGCUAAGCGAGUUGGUAGAGCUCGAUCUCGAGGGAAACCGGUUAACCGGUCCAAUUCCUAGUUCAAUAUCCAAUUUGACACGGUUAACUUGGCUUAAUCUCGGCGGGAACAGCCUCUCUGGAACCAUACCGGAUGUUUUCAAAUCCAUGAAGGAGCUGGGACUUAUCGAUCUCUCACGUAAUGGAUUAUAUGGGAAACUUCCUCCCUCCAUGGAGUCACUUGCACACACUCUCACAUCCCUCUAUCUGAGCCAGAACAAUCUCUCAGGUACGAUCCCUGAUUAUUUUUCGGAGUUCAAGGCUCUUGCCACGUUCGAUCUCUCCAGGAAUCGGUUUACUGGAGUCGUGCCCAUGAGUUUCGCCAAGCUGAAAAGUCUUUUCCAUCUCAAACUUUCCCACAAUUUUCUUACCGGUCCGCUCCCUGCCUUGAAUCCAGUCAACGGUAUUGCCUCUCUGGAUCUAUCGUACAACAGAUUUCACCUGAAAACGAUUCCGCAAUGGGUGACUUCGUCACCGUCCAUGUAUGACUUGAAGCUGGUUAAAUGUGGUAUCGAGAUGAACAUUGAAGAGUGGGAGCCAGUGAGAACCGGGUUAUUUUAUAUCGUCGAUCUUUCUAAAAACGACAUCUCGGGGAGUCCAGCGAGGUUCCUGAACCGUGCGGAUGUUCUGCAGGAGUUCCGAGCAUCGGGAAACAAGCUUCGGUUCGACUUGGGGAAGCUGAAUUUCACCAAGUCGCUGAGAAUCUUGGAUUUGUCGAGAAAUUUGGUAUAUGGGAAGGUGCCAGCGUCCGUGGCUGGACUGAGGAAACUAAGCUUGAGUCAAAACAAUCUUUGUGGAAGGCUUCCGGUUACUAAGUUUCCAGCCAGCGUGUUCGCCGGCAACGACUGUCUCUGUGGCUCUCCGCUUCCUCCUUGUAAAACUUAGCGGCAAGAAAACUGGUGUGAUUUCUCUUCUUUGGCUUGACCUUUCUCUGCUUUGUUCAUCUCUGUUUUUGCACUUGUGUAACACUGCCAUAGAAGCACACACAACUCCUCUCUCACGUUUGUGUUUGUUCUUAUAGAGAGAGAAGAGAUUAUCUUUGUAUGUCUACAUUUUCUCAAUUCUUUUCUUAUUAAUCUCAAACAUACUAUCUUAUGUAUGCUUAAAGUAGCUUUUUUUUCUAACUACUA